AUGGAGAAGAAAAAAAUCAACUUCUCCGAGGAAGAACGCGCUGUGUUGUUGGACCUGCUCUCACGCCACCGCAGCGUCGUCGAAAACAAGAGGACCGACGCGGCGUCCGCGAGUCGGAAGCGCGACUCCUGGAAAAAGAUUGAAGAUGAGUUUAACAGCCGCCACAACGUCACGCCACGCAAAUGGACCCAGCUCAAGAAAUGUUGGGAAAACAUGAAAGACAAGUGGCGAAGGAGGAACGCUGAAGACAUGCGGGAACGGUUUGCGACAGGUGGCGGAACACCACCGUCAAGCGAAAUGACCGAUGAGCUGCAGCGCGUAGGAGACAUCGCUUCACCCAUGGCUGUUCGUCUGCCCAACCCCUGCGACAGCGACCGCAGCCGGCAUGAUGCUAUGCCCGGGGGAUCGCAGUCCUCGAACCAGCUGUGCACACCUUCUGUCGCUGCAGUCCUGUCGCAGACCCAAGACACGCCUCUGGAAGAGUCCGGUGGCUUCGGUGCUGCCACCCUCUACUGGCUCAUGUAA